AGUUAUUGGUCAUCCCACGUGUUCUGUAUACGGCCUGCUCUGCGCUCUCCUCCAUAUCGCCUACACGAAGACAUCAUGCCCACCUUCGAGCUCUUCACUAACGUGCCCAAGGAUGCCCUUCCAGAGGAUCUGUUGGGUAGUCUGACCGAACAGCUGGCAAAAGCCACGGGCAAGCCGGCAGAGUACAUUGCCGUGCAUAUUCUGCCCGACCAAGUAAUGAGCUUUGGUGGCUCAACAGAGCCUUGUGCUCUAUGCAACCUGAAAAGUAUUGGCAAGAUUACAGGCCAGCAGAAGACUUACACCAAGCUAUUGAGUGGUAUACUAAGCAAAGUUCUGCACAUCUCCCCUGACAGGUUUUUUUUUUUUUUUUUUUUUUUAAACCCUGCUAACGUGGGCUGGAACAACUCUACAUUUGCUUAAUUGUACCCCAGUGUCAGCCACAACAACGGAUUGACAAGACUCCUCUUCUGUAAUGCAUUCCCUCUUAUAA